AUGGCGACUACAAUCGGGGCACCCCAUCAAUACAAGCAGCCUUCCCGAAAAGGCAAGAAAGCAUGGAGAAAACAUGUGGAUAUGACUGAGGUCGAUGUAGGCCUACAAAGAGUACGAGAAGAAGAAAUCGAAGGGGGUGUCAUUGCGGAAAAGUCAUCCGAGGACCUUUUUGUUCUAGACUCCAAAGGCUCAGACGAACUCCAACGAAAAGUCAGAAGUAUAAAACUCCUGAAGUGCGAUGAGAUACUUGCCCAGCGUUCUGCAAUCCCUUCAAUUGAUAAUCGCAAGCGGGGAAGCUCUAAAGUUACAGACGGGAUAACUGAACCUAAAAACAAGCGGACAAAGAGCGAUUGGGUUGCUCACAAAGAGUGGAUGAGGUUGAAGCAAGUUGCGAAAGAUGCCAAUCUGCUGGAACACGACGAUAACAGAGUAAUAUCGCAUGACCCUUGGGGUGAGGACGUCGCUCCUGAAUUCGCGGAGGAAACGAAAUUUAAUUUCCUCGAGAAGCCUAAACCAAUUGUUGCACCUCCAACAACAAAACUACCGCCACUGUCAUUGGCAGCCAACAGAAAGCCUGUGCCAUCAAUAAAAAGCCCAGAUGCAGGAAUAAGUUAUAACCCGUCAUUUGAAGAUUGGGACCGCCUUUUAACAAUGGAGGGUCAAAAAGAAGUUGAGGCUGAGAAGAAACGUUUAGAAGAAGAGAAGGCAGAACAGGAGAGAUUGGCACGAAUCGAAGCUGCGAAAGAUGACAACGGACAGGCCCGGUCGGAUGAUGAGAGUGCUUGGGAGGGAUUUGAGAGUGAAUAUGAAACCGCUGAAUGGCUUAAGAAAAAGAGACCGGAGCGGAAAACUAAGGCUCAGCGCAAUAAGAUAAAAAGGAGGAAAGAGGCUGAGAGGAAAGCAAAAUGGGAGGCGCAGCUCAAAAAAAGAGAAGAACAAGCUGCCCGAGCGAAGGCGAUAGCUGAGGCGGUCGCGGCGAAAGAAGAAGCCGAGAAACAAUUGAAAAAGGCCGAUGAUGAAUCGUCAGUAGAAGGGGACGAUCGAAUUCUGCGGAGAAGGCCUUUUGGGAAAAACCCGGUCCCUGUAAAACCUUUGGAGAUUGUUCUGCCGGACGAACUGCAAGACUCUCUACGUUUAUUGAAGCCUGAGGGCAACCUGCUUGGAGAUAGGUUCCGGAAUCUCAUUGUUCAAGGCAAACUUGAAGCGAGGAACCCGGUUCCCCUCAAUGGGAAGGCGAAGAGGGAUUAUACAGAGAAAUGA